AGAGAACACAAGAGCGCAAGAGCGAUUGUAAGUUGUAACGCAACCCUCACCGCUUGCACCUAACUGACACAUGCCUAUGGACUGCCGUUUCCCUCCCACCUCGUUUGAUUGAGAUUCACGUUUCUUAGCGGCUUCAUUCUUUUUGCGUUCUUCUCCAAGACCCGAUUACUACAUCCUUCUUACAACACCUUGGGGGGCAUGUGGGUUAAUUUUUCUUCACCUUUUUCUCAGCCUCUCAGGAACUUUUUUCCACUAGUGCACGAGCUAUGUUGAUGGAUAUCAUAUUUUAGCAGAGAUUCAGUUUCACGGUCAUUGGCUGUUCAUAAUGGCAGUUGCUAGAAGGACCGCAAUGGCAUUUGAGACUUAUCAAAAUCAAGCACAGACAUUGGUUAAGAACUAUGUGCUAUCUGACUCUUUUAUUCCAUACACGUCUGUCCUUAGUGGCAUGAUUGCUGGCAAAAUGGUCUAUGAUCUAUCGCAGUUGAUUAGUACAUUUUACUUCAGAAGUUAUAUUAGCCUUACAAAGAUUCAGCGGACUGAAUGGAACAACCGUGCUAUGUCAACCAUCCAUGCCAUCUUCAUAUCUGUUAUGUCGUCGUACUUUGUCUUCUGGUCCGAUCUCUUCUCUGAACAUCGUUUGGUUGGGCUUCUGACAUUCCAAAAUUCAUCAAUGUCAACCUUUACAUUAGGGGUGUCUGUUGGGUACUUUAUAUCAGAUCUUGGAAUGAUUUGCUGGCUUUAUCCAGCUUUAGGUGGAGUUGAGUAUGUUGUCCAUCACGCUCUUUCAGGAAUUGCUGUCGGAUAUUCGAUGUUUACUGGAGAAGGGCAAUUUUAUACUUUCAUGGUGCUCAUAUCUGAGUUGACAACACCAGAGAUCAACUUGAGAUGGUAUCUCGACACAGCUGGAUUGAAGAGAUCAAAUGCCUACUUGAUCAAUGGUGUUGCCAUAUUUUUUGCUUGGUUGGCUGCCAGAAUUCUGUUGUUUGUUUACAUGUUUCGUCAUGUUUACUACCACUAUGAUCAGGUCGUCCAGAUGCAUCCCUUUGGAAAUCUUUUGGUAUUGGUAGUGCCAGCAAUCCUUGGCAUUAUGAACCUGAUGUGGUUUGGGAAAAUUAUGAAGGGAUUGAAGAAGACAUUGGCAAAGACACUGUAAAUGAGAUGGUUUGGGAAAAUUGUGAAGGGAUUGAAGAAGACAUUGGCAAAGACAUUGUAAAUGAGAUGUUUAGGAUGAUUUCUUCGCCGCCUUGGGUUAAUACAAUUUCCUAGCAUCCUUUUUACAUUGUACAGAUACAAAACAUUGGCGAGUAGGCAUGGACUACAAGAGGAAAAAACCGCAAGCAUACGGGGGAUACACUAAUGUUGUCUGUUACUCUAACCACUGGGGUUCCAUAGAUUACUCACUUUCUGUGUACUUAUUUCAUGUGUAAAUGAAAGUUUCAGCAGAAAAUACGAAGUUGGAAAAUACACUAUUUAUGCGCGG